GACUAGAAGGAAAAACAAAAUGGGCAAUCUGAGCAAACUCUGAGUAAAUAAUUGUGUGUAAAAAGGGAUAGAGUGACGAUUGCAUAUUAGUUAUAAACUUGAUGGAGAACAAAACAGUGAAAAAAUGGACUACUAACUUUGAAUGUAGACAGGCUUCAGCCAAGACAGUAGGGUUUGAGACCAACUAACGUUAGGCACCCUGGCAACGUCCGACGCUUCAAAUGUAUUAUGUUUAAAAUGUUGUAGCCUUUUACCACUGUACUUCAAUUGGAGACUAAUUCAAACUAGACUGCUGCAGGAAAAAACUGAAGAUGAGUUUCGAGGCAAAGCGUUGUGGAGUUCAGUUCAGUCCUCCCUCCAUAGUUUUAAUUUAUCAACACAAGGAAACUAAACAUAUGCGAAAAAGAAUAAUACCUGUGCGCAACUUCUCAAAAUAUUCUGAUUAUAGCAUGGCUGCAGAAAGUCUGAAAAACCACCCUCGACACAGAGACUACCUGGAGGGUGUAUCCCAGAGCCAACUGGAGAAGCUUCACAUCAUCCUGCGAGAUCACAUGCAAGGCUUCAGCUUGGAGCACAGCCUGGCAUCGUUCCGCCUGGACCCUGAUGAAGACCUGAACCAACUGGAUGAUGAUAAACUGGCUCGCAAGAAGGGCCAAAUGGACGAACUGUUCGAGAAGAACCGGAAACACAAGGAUGAUCCUGACUUUGUUUACGACCUUGAAAUGGAUUUCACCAAGACCACCCAAGAAAGGUGCAGCUGGGAUGAGGAGUCCGAUGAUGGAUUUUAAAACUGUUCUCUCUUUGACCUUUAAAACUGCAAAUCACCAAAGAAACUGAGGCUUUACAAGAAAUCUGAGACAGCUGAAGUUUACAACUACCAUCUUAAGUUAUACACAGUGGUUAACAUGGGGGAGCUCUUAAGGAAAUAUGUUCUUAUAUUUAGUUGAGUAUACCUCACUCCUAUUUUGGAAGUAUACAUAUCUAACACUAAGGCUACAGCUCUGUUAUAAAUUCUACCUUCAUGCAAGAUAUACAGUAAUAAUACAUCAGACUUAUUUAGUGCUUAUUCGAUUUUGAAGAUGCCUAUAUACUUUGGGAUAAGACAAAAUAAUAAUAUAAAGUGGUAUAAAUAGGAAAACCUUACGUUUUGGCAGUGACAGUUAUAUUGCUUGUCAUUUCCCCAACCUGUUGACAUCAGUGAGGGUAGACAAAAUAUUAGUCAGUAGGCAUCCAAAUGUCCAUUAAAUUGACCUUAACAGUUCCAACAAAUAAUGACCACUAGAUCCUUCAUAAAGGUUUGCUUAUGUACUGUUGUAUUACAUUUCAUUUGUUGUUAGACAAACCCAUUAAAAUGGCAGGUUCCCAUGAUCUUUGCAACAAGUACAGCUUUUGAUAGUAGAAGGGGACAGUGGCUGAAAAGUAGAAUUAAGACUUGAAAUACAGAAAGACAUUUUAGUAUUCAGUUAACAUUUGACGCCAUUAGCAGACAACAGCAGUAAAGACAUACCUGCAUUCGGUACUACUAGGGGAUAUACCUUUUCACAAUUAAAACACAAUCAAAAUAAAAUAUGCUUCAUUAAUAGUGAAUAUUUAUUUGUUAUAAAAUACAGAAUUUUACAAAAUACAAAGACUUUGGCUCGUGUAUUUGUGGCUUACACCUACGCAAGUGAUAUUCACAGUUGAAUACGAAAGAAGAUGCUAAAAUCCUAUUAAAUACAAUUUGAGUGUACACCAAUACAACAUAUAUAUAUAUAUCUUUGGAAAAACUGUGCCCACAAAAUAUUGUCUCGUAUCAUAAAAAACAUAUGUAUACAUUUCUAUAUGGUUUGAAGUGACGCACUAUGGCACAUUUUUAAAUGAGAUAAACUAUAUCAUAAAAUCUAUCCUGCAGCUUUCAACCUCUUCAGGGAAAAUGUUCAUUCAAAGUGCAUAAAACCUCAUUGGCUGACAUGAGACACUGACUGACUGUCCAUUAGUACCACUUUACAUUCAAACAUGUCGCAGGUUCUUUGAAAAUCAAUCCAAAACAAACGUACAUUGAUUUCUCGUUUGGUUUAGGAUCAACAAAACGUAAUUUUUUCACACUGUUAUCAAUUGCAGUCAUUUAUGCAGUGCUGAUGUAUUCCCUUAGGAGGCAACUGAAAAUAUGACACAUCAUUCCUUUUCCACCAACUUUUGGUAAGGUUUUAAGGUGUUUAAAAUUGAAAAUUUCAGCAGGCUGUUAAUUUGUUUAAAAAAAUAGUUAUUUAUAAAAUUGAUAUUUCAAGUAAGCUCAAGCCACAAUCCAAGAUUUCUGAGUACGUUAGUAACGAUAAUAUACACAUUUUAUGACUCAAGAGGAAGGACUUUCUGAUUUGUAAUAAUUUGUUCACCUUUUGACUCCACUGCCCGGAUCAAAUUACACUGAGUGCACAGAUCAUAAACGGUUUAAUUGAUGAAUAAUGGGGCCAUAGGUAGAGCUAUAAUCAUAAUUCAUAUUAUACCUUUACAAGCUGUGUAACCCACAAAGUCUAUGGAGAGUUGUAGUAUCUGAAAUAUAUAUACAUUACACUAUUAAAUGGAAAAUUCAUCCCAAAUCAAAAAAACAAAAAACAUGUUUCACUCUUGCGUUAGUUAUAUUUAUCCAUCUAGAUUGUUUUGAUGCGAGUGUAAGCUGAACAAAUCAAGCAAUCUGUUCCAUUUUCUGUCCACCGCAUAAAAGAAAGCGUGGAUUUACUCACAAAUGAGGCUCUGAGGAGGCAGCUAAUAAUACAGCUAAGCCAAAGAGGACGCUAAUGAUUUCAAGCUGUCACAACAACGGUGUAGUUGGAUACAACGAUAUCUCUAUGGAAACCAAAACAAUCUAGAUUGAUGAAUAGCACUAACAGUAAGAGAAAACAAUGAGCAUGUUUGACUUUGGGAUGAACUAUCCUUUUAACCUACACAAAAAUACAAACAUUAACAGUCAAGCAGUUAGAAACCUCAUUUCUUCUUCUUGUCUUGGGUGCACCUCGGACAAAACCUGAAAGAUUUGAGAGGGGAGGGUUAAAUAUGUUAGAACAUGGAGCACAAACAUGACUCACAUCAAUUAACGAUGAUUGUGUUUUUUUCAACUCUAGGCUAACAUCCUGUAACCGAUUAAAAGCUCUUACCAUUUUCCUUUUGGUUUCGAUGCGAGAUCAACACAAGCAAAAUGAAACCAUUCAAUCGGACACUAAGGAAGGAAAAACACUGUCAGUAUGAACAAUCUCUCGUCAAAACAUGCAGUGAAACUGGUGUUGCUAUUAGGGAAAUGUCAGAUUUCCUUAAGCGAGAAAGAAGCUAAAAAAAACCUGAAAACCUACAUCUGGGUUAUCGCAUCCAAUCAUCUCUCCGUAUGACACCUGGUGGCACAGGCAGUAGGUCGGCUCAUUGGGAUCAACUGGCAUGUCCAAAACGUCUGAUGGUUGCAUCGGCAGGAAAGCGUCGCUCAAGUCGGGGCUAGAGUAUAAAACAUAGAGCAUGGUUAGAGUCAAACAUGAUUUAAUAGGGGGGAAGAUAAUUAAUUAUGUGUACUCUGAAUUAAAACAGGAAUGAAUUAUACAGGCUUGAUACAAAUGUAAAGUGCAGAACCUUUGCCCAAAAAGUACCUGUUUUUUAUCUUUUUCUUUUUUGGAGAAUCUUCAUCAGAACAUUUCUUUGCUCUUCCUCUUGAUGCACGUUUCUCUUUCAGCCCUCGUGAUUCACCCUCUGUGAAGAUGUUGUAUUAAAUUAACAAUUGUUCAUCGCUUUGUUUAGUCGUAUGGGAAAGCCUUUCAGAUAACCAACAUACUUUUCACUGCUCUUCCUUCUGUACUUUCGUAGCCGCUCACUUCCAGUUUCUCCUUCAGCUCAUUCUCAAAGCGUGCCAGAUCUGCAUCAAGUCUGCGGAUAUGUUUGUCCACCUGCAGUGAAAAGUUUUCAUAUAGAUUCGAAUAAAAACUCAAAUGUUAAUGCAUGCCGUCGAUUAGACUUUUUUUUUUUUAAAUAGCAAAUAUGUACAACAACGAAAAGAAACAAAUAAACUGAGUUACUAAUGGUCAGUUAUACGAGUUUGGUACUGACCAUUUCAUAUGUCUGCAUUGCAAGCUGGACUUUGUCAUCGCUGAACUCUUUGCACUUGCUGUAGGCAUUUUGAAUCUUCUGCAGAUGUUCCACUCUCUGCUCAGAGGCCAGGUUCUUCACUUUCGCAAUGUACUCCUGAGCCAGUUUGUCAAUCUCUCCUUUCUUUUCUGCACAACAACAUGAUUAUUACAGUACAAGAAUACCAAUAUAUGGCAUGAUGUUAGUAAGCCUGGUUUGGUGGUUAACUGUAUGAGAUUAAAUGGUCACCUUCAGUCCUGUUGUCAAGGUCCCGCAUCAAAGUGAAGUUUCUCUGUAGCUCACAUGGCAAGUUUUCAAUACCUAAAAAUGGAAAUCACCAUAAGUUUGAGGGAGAUAGAGGAAUACAUUCCUUUCAUAGCAGUUCACUAAGUUGUUAUGUUUCACUACAAGUAAAAUGGAACUUCUGUCCAUUAUUGGCACAAUAGCCCAACCUACCAUAGUUUUAAAAACAAUGUUAACAUGUAAUAAUACUCCUUUGUAUUAUAAGGGUGCAAGAAAACAAUAAA